GCCGCGCUCUGUGGUCUCGCCCGCCCCCGCUGCCAUGUUGGAUCGUGCGGCCGCCGGGGCCGGGCCGGAGUUGGAAGUUUAGCACCGCUCGGAGGGGCGGGUGCCAUCGGCCGCCGGCGCGGAGCGGCACCGCCGCGCCUGCCCACCCCCCCUUCCCCGGGCCGCCGGCAGCUGGCCGAGGCCCCGCCGCCCCUCUCCACCUCCGUCCCUCCUUCCCCGGCCCGCAGAGGGAGGCUCCGCGAUGCGGCUGCUGUGAGGCCGCGGCGGCAGCGGAGGAGGAGGCGGAGGGGGCCGCGGGCGCCAACAGUCGCAGGGCGGCGAGGGCAGCGCCGGGCCGGCCCCGGCCAUGAGCGGCAACCCGCAGCAGCAGCCCCCGCAGCCGCGGCGGGUCACCAACGUGGGCUCCCUGCUGCUCACCCCGCAGGAGAACGAGAGCCUCUUCAGCUUCCUCGGCAAGAAAUGCGUGACGAUGUCUUCAGCAGUUGUUCAAAUAUAUGCAGCAGAUCGCAAUGCCAUGUGGUCAAAGAAAUGCUGUGGUGUAGCUUGCCUUGUAAAGGACAAUCCGCAGAGGUCAUAUUUUAUCAGAAUAUUUGACAUUAAGGAUGGGAAAUUAUUGUGGGAGCAGGAGCUGUACAAUAACUUUGUAUAUAAUAGUCCUAGAGGAUAUUUUCAUACCUUUGCUGGAGAUACAUGUCAAGUUGGUCUUAAUUUUGCUAAUGAAGAAGAAGCUAAACUAUUCCGCAAAACAGUAACAGAUUUACUUGGACGACGGCAGAGAAAAUCUGAAAAAAGACGAGACCCACCAAAUGGCCCAAAUCUACCAAUGGCAACUGUUGAUAUCAAAAACCCGGAAAUUACAACUAACAGAUUUUAUACUCCACAAGUCAACAAUAUUUCAUAUACCAAAGAAAAGAAGAAAGGAAAAACUAAAAAGAGAAGAUUGACAAAGGCAGAUAUUGGAACGCCAUCUAAUUUCCAACACAUUGGACAUGUUGGUUGGGAUCCAAACACAGGUUUUGAUGUGAACAACUUAGACCCAGAACUGAAAAACCUGUUUGAUAUGUGUGGAAUUUCAGAGGCUCAACUAAAAGACAAAGAAACUUCAAAGGUCAUAUAUGAUUUCAUUGAAAAAACAGGAGGUGUGGAAGCUGUUAAAAAUGAACUGCGCAGACAAGGUCCCCCGCGGUGGAGCGCCCCACCUCCACCACCACCGUGCAGAGGAGGACCCCCUCCACCUCCACCACCACCUCCCCAUAGCUCGGGCCCUCCUCCUCCCCCUGCUAGGGGCCGAGGGGCACCACCUCCACCUCCUUCAAGAGCUCCCACAGCAGCACCUCCACCCCCGCCUCCAUCUAGACCUGGUGCCACAGUGCCCCCUCCUCCUCCAAACAGGAUGUAUCCUCCACCACCACCAGUGCAUUCAUCAUCUGCACCAUCCGGCCCUCCUCCACCACCACCACCACCGGCAAGUGGGUCAUCUGUUCCUCCACCACCACCACCUCCUCCACCCCCUCCUGGUCCUCCUCCACCACCAGGCCUUCCUUCAGAGGUUGAUCACCAGCUUCCAGUUCCUGCAGGAAACAAAGCAGCACUCUUGGAUCAAAUCAGAGAAGGAGCUCAGUUAAAGAAAGUAGAACAGAACAGUCGACCAGUGUCCUGCUCAGGAAGAGAUGCACUGUUAGACCAGAUACGACAGGGUAUACAGCUGAAAUCCGUAUCUGAUGGUCAGGAGAGUGCACCGCCUACACCUGCACCCACCUCAGGAAUUGUGGGUGCAUUAAUGGAAGUUAUGCAGAAAAGGAGCAAAGCCAUUCAUUCUUCAGAUGAAGAUGAGGAUGAAGAUGAUGAAGAAGACUUUGAGGAUGAUGACGAAUGGGAUGAUUGAUCAUAUAUUAUUAUAUAUAUAUAUUUUUUAAGGUGAAUGAUAUACUAAACACUACUUUCUGUCUAUGGAUUCUGUAAAAUUAUCAUGUAAAUGUUCUACCAAUUUGCUGUAUAUUUUUGUUGCCUUUUGCUUUUUUAUUAAUCUGUGCAAUACCUCAUUUAAUCUGUAAAGGUUUGUCAUAAUCCUCUACAAAGCUACUCCCUGUUAAUGUGUGCAAGUUUACACCUGGAUGAUCAUGUACAUGUGAAUACUUUCCAUUCCAUCAAUAAGGGAGUCUAAAUGUAAUAUGUGAGACUGACAAAAACCUUAAUGUAAUUUAGUUAUAAUGCAAGAAGGAAAACACUAUUUUCAUACCCUACUUUUUCUGUAUCUAAAUUUUCUUAUUAAAACCUAGUAUAGCACUAUGUUCUUUAAGUGAUGCAGCUCUUAGUUUAUUUAGCCCCUUCAUUGCAAAUGCAAUGCUACGUGAACGUUGAGGCUGGUUUAUACUAUUGCAUGGUUUCAAGUACGUCACAACAUUGCAGUUCAAAUCUUAGCAGUACGCUUUACAGAAAACAAAAUCAGUACAGAAAUGCACAGCUAGUUGUGAAGAUUACCUUACCCUAACUGUAGCAAUACUGACUGCUAUUGAACAGCAGUAGGAAUUAAAUCCUUCAAUUAGGGAACUCUCUAUCUGAAGUCAAGCAGGGUGGUUUUACAUUGUAAUAGUGGUAAAGACAUCUUUGAUGCAGACAAGUUCAGUCUAUUUUUUUUUUUUUUCCUUCCCAGCUCUUACUUUCAGAAUGAAGAAGUGUAAAUUACUGGGGGCUAUACUGGAGGCUGGCAAUUGCUACAGUUUGAUUUAUUUUUAAAAUCAAUUUUAUGUGGUUUUCAGGCUGAAGGGCUGCGUUUAAUGCUUGCUUCAAUAAUGUUUAAUUACUUUUUAAAAUUUGUAGGACGUUGGUGUACUAAUAAAGUAAACAUAAGUGGUA